CUCUCUAAGACACAAGUCACCAAUCUUAAAACCGGCACGCACACAUUUAAGAUGCCUGCCUAUCACUCCGUCUUCCUAGACGAGCCUAACCAACACCUGAUCGGAAAUUUUGCCUUGCUUCCUCUACGCACAAGAACACGCGGCCCAGCGCUUCAACUUCCACCUCUACCACCGGACCUCACCGAUCUCACCGUUGAUGCCUCGCACGAAUCCUAUGACCCGUUAGAUGAGAUCCUGCUGCUCUUCCGCGCAAAUACUUUCUUCCGUAACUUCGAGAUUAAGGGACCUGCAGACCGAGUGUUGAUAUAUGGCAUCUUGUUUGUGAGCGAGUUGUUGACCAAGAUUAAGCCCGGAAUGAGCAGAAGGGAGGCUGAGAAGGCUGUCAUGAACGUGGCUUUAGACACCAACUUCGCUAUCCCAGGAGACGCAGGAUUCCCGCUCAACCAGGCAUUCGAGGCACCUCCGGACAGGCAGUCGGCAGAGACACUGAGACAAUACAUUAUGCAAAUGCGGCAGGAACUGGCGAUGAGGUUGCUGAACAGGGUGUACGCGGAUGGGACGAACGUGCCGAGUAAAUGGUGGCUGAGCUUUACGAAGAGGAAGUUCAUGGGGAAGUCGCUAUAGAUUGCGGGGUGCGGAGAUGCGAAAUGACUCGAUGGAAGAAGCUCGGAUGCCAAGAAGUCUAUUGUAUAUGCCUUGCGGGUAUAUGCCAAUGAAGGCUGAUCCAAAUCAGCUAUUAUGAUCAUGCAAAUGGGAUGCUCGGCUCGAAAUGGCUGUGUCACGUUUGCACAGCAGU